GAAUUAAUCUGCAAGUCAUAGAAAUACGUUCUAUCUAACGUUAAAUUUCUGACAACAGUGUAUCCAUUUAGACGAUUAAAUUAACAUUUCCUGAGUAGGCUAUUCUUUAUCAUUCAACCUAGCAUGUCGGGGACCAUUAUCAUUCGGAUUCAGUCCCCUGAUGGCAAUAAACGAGUCACCCUUCCCCCAACAACAACCCUCUACAAGUUCUUCCAGAAGGUUUCUCAGACAGUGUCCCUCCCUGCUGAUGGCUUUAACCUCUACAAAUCACGUGACAAGACAGAUCAGCUCAAAGCCUCCAGCAAAGUCACACUUAAAUCACAAAGUAUCAAGCAUGGUGAUAUGAUAUACUUAUUCCCAACUGCAGUAAAGGAAGAUGGUAUUGUAGAGCCUUCAACACAAGUCAAAUCAUCUAUCCCCACCUCCUCCUCAUCAUCAUCCCUAUCAUCGUCAUCAACACAACCUCUGGCAUCAGUUGUCGAGGAUGAAGUUGACCAGUUUCUAUGGAAACAGGAUGGUAAAAUCUACAGGAAAAGAGAUGACCAAUUAUGUCACCAUGGUGUCAAUGCAAAGUGUGUCCAUUGUGUACCAUUAGAGUCCUAUGAUGAAAGAUAUCUGAAAGACCAUGAUCCUCCCAUUAAACAUCUAUCCUUCCAUUCUCACAUCAGGAAACUCACUGGUGGUGUGGAUAAGGGAAAAUUUGCAUUUUUAGAGAACAUUAGCUGUAAAAUCAAACCAGGAUGUACGGAGCACUCACCGUGGCCUCAUGGUAUCUGCACAAAGUGUCAACCAAGUGCGAUUACAUUAGAUAGACAACACUAUAGGCAUGUAGACAAUGUGAUGUUUGAGAAUCCCAUGAUGUUUGAUCGCUUCCUAGACUUCUGGAGGAAAUCAGGGAACCAAAGAAUAGGCAUGCUAUAUGGGAAGUAUGAACAUCAUAAAGAUGUACCUUUAGGAAUCAAGGCUACCGUCUUAGCAAUCUAUGAACCUCCACAGAACAGUACAUCAAAUAGUUUAGAAUUACUAGAAGAUCCCUUUGCAGAAGCCGUCAACUAUGUAGCAUCCAAAUUAGGUCUUUGCAAGGUUGGAUGGAUAUUUACUGACCUGUUGGCUGACGACCUCACUAAAGGAACAGUCAAACAUGUCAGGAAUAUGGAUGCCCACUUCAUGACAGCUGAAGAAUGUAUAAUGGCUGGUGAGUUCCAGAACCAACAUCCAAGCCCAUGCAAAUUAGCGACAGAAGGACAUUUUGGCUCCAAAUUCGUCACAUGUAUAGUAACAGGUGAUUCAACGAAUCAGAUACACACAGAGGCAUACCAGGUAUCAAAUCAAUGUAUGGCACUGGUCAGGGAUGACUGCUUGGUGCCUACCAUCGAUGCACCAGAGCUUGGCUAUAUCAGGGAAUCUACAAAUGAGCAAUAUGUACCUGAUGUAUUCUACACAGAAACUGACAGCUAUGGCAACUCAUCAAAGCAGCUAGCAAGACCCUUACCAGUAGAGUUUCUUCUUGUUGAUUUACCGGCUGGGUUUCCCAAGGAUGCCACAUUUGCCUUCAACUCGCAGCCAGGUCUGAAGCCCUUCCCCAUUGAGAACAGAGUAGGUGUAGGAGAGGUUCAAGGCAUGGAGUCACUCACUCAAUACAUGGGACAGUUUGAGAGUGGUCAACUAAUGGAAGCUAUGCUGGACUUUCAUCUCCUAGUCUAUCUUGCCACUAUGGAUCUAUUGCCACUCAGGGACCAUAUGGAUCCUCUGUUAGAAGCCCUCAAGUCAAGAGACAAACAUCUUGUGGAUGCCUGGUCGAAAUGUGAGCAGUGGGCGACGAUGGAACACUUCAUAGCAGCUCAGGGUCCAUCAGCGACGGGAGAGGCUGUGCCCAGCACGUCCGGAGCAAGCGGAACCAGUACCUCCAACUUUGUAUCAGGGACAUGGACCUGUGAACGGUGUACAUUCAUCAACCAGAACUCUGCUGCAAAUUGUGAGAUAUGUGACGGCCCCAGGGGCUAGGCCCCCGAACGUGUACCUAGUUAGCCAUCCUAUCCUCUCUUAAAAUGAAAUCUAUGAAGCUCAUGUGUGUCAUUGAAUGAAAACUCCAAAUGAAAUGAUAAAGAUAUUAACUAAUUUAUGGUGGUAUGGUAUUGAUAAGUAAGAAGUGGAGAGAGUCAGUCGCAGAUAUUGCUGUUUAUGGAACUUGUUUGCCUUUUGGGUUAAAAAAAGUGCUGUGAAUUUAUAUGCACCUUGAAAAGAUUUAUUUUGCCAAUGCAAACCAUAUCCAAUAAUCACUCAUGUUUUCUGCUCAAUGAAUUUCCCUUAAAGCUCAACUCCUGUUUUAGUACCAACAAAAAUAUUGAUUUGAAAGUAAUCAAAUAUAAUGUGAAAUUGUCCACCUUGAAUAUAAAGACAAGUGUGCAAGUUAAUCUUAUAUUCCAUUCAUGAUUUUGGGAGACUUUCUGGGCAUUUCUUUAAAGGUUGCAAUGAAAAAAAAAUCCACCUCAACAUGGGCAAUUCAAUGAAAUAAACCUUUUGAAUGUUCAACCCCCAUUUUGCUCCAUAUUUAUAUCACUUUGUGAACCAUUCAACUCGGAUGAUUUGAGAGCAUGGCAUAUUUUCAUGUAGUGCUGGCUUUUCAUAGAUGUGAUUGAUUGGAUCAAUCACACUUCUUUGGCUUUAAGAUCAUUCUUUACUGUAUCUCAUAGAAUGUCUUGAUUGAGUAUAAAGACCAGGGCCCUGUCUUACAAAGAGUUACGAUUGAUCCGAUGAACCUCAAGUGUAUGGAAAUCCAUCAAUGUCAUGUUUUUCCCUUUAGGAAAUUUGUACAAUGUCCUUUGAAAACAAAGAGAAAUAUACUGAAUUGUCAAGGAAACAGUGAAUGUAUGAAUAGCUAUCAUAUCUA